GUGGGGUGGCGGGUCCCUGUAGUCCUAGCUUCUUGGGAGGCUGAGGUGGGAAGAUCGCUUGAACCUAGAAGGCUGAGGCUGGACUAAGCCAUGAUAGUGCCACUGCACUCCAACCUUAAUCCACAAUUAAGAUACAGCUAUAAAAUGGAAUAUUUUGCAACUAUUACAAAGGAUGUAAGUGAAAACUUGACAUGGAAAGACAUUUAUUCUAAACUCUGAAAAGAAGGCCAGCUACAGAAUUGUAUCUCCAGUAUGUAUGUCAAUAUUGCUUACAAAAAAAAAAAAAAAAAAAACAACAAAAAACCAUGCUGGGCGUGGUGACUCAGCCUGUAAUCACAUUUUGGGAGGCUGGAGUGGGAGGAUCUGUUGAAGCAAGGAGUUUAAGACCAGCCUGGACAACACAGCGAGACCCCCAUCUCUACAAAAAACGUAAAAAUUAGCCAGGCAUGAUGGCUCGAGGCUGUGGUCCUAGCCAGUCGAGAGGCUGAGAGGUGAGGAUAGCUUGAACCCAGGACGUCGGGGUUGCAAUGAGCUAUAAUCGUUCUACUGCACUACAGCCUGGGUAACAGAGCAAGACCCUGUACCCCAAAAAAUUUAUUUUAAAAAGGCAAACGAAAAAACAUUAAAAGUAUACAUUUACAAAGACAACUAUCUGAAAGGAUAUUCUCCAAGAAGUUAAAAGUCAUCUUUGGACAGUGGGGCCAUAGGUGUUUUCCUAUUUUUACCAGCUUUAUAAUUAAUUUUUAAAAGUUAUUUUCAAGUAGUCCUACCCAGUCUUCCUUACGAGUUAGGACUCAAAUGCCACUCUCUUCCCCUAAACUGUCCUGAGUCCCCUCACCAUAAUAAGCACCAAUGUCUUCGUUAAAAUCCCGACACUGCCAACACUCAGCUAGGGGGUUGAACCUUGCUCCAUCUCGUCCUUUAGUCCCUGUGUGCGUCUUUCCCCCUACAAGCCUAUUGACCCCCUCCAAGAGGUCCCGUGUCUUCCCCGUACUUGCCCCACAGGCUAGAUCAGACCCUGUCUGACCCCUGGGUUAUUGUAAAACUUAAGAUCUGUCCCCUAGGUCUUGGAGUCGGUUGAACUAGGGUCCAAAGGUUAAAAAACACUGACACAAAAUGCCAGGCCACGAACUGAAGCACUGAAGCCCGGCUGCAGACCUCUCCCGAGAGGGGAAUAAUCCGUGCCAGCCGGUUCCGCCAUGGAGCCAGGUGCAGGUCACCUCGACGGUCACCGCGCGGGGAGCCCAAGCCUUCGUCAGGCUCUGUGCGGCGGAAGCGCAGUGAUGUUUUCCAGUAAAGAACGCGGACGUUGCACCGUGAUCAAUUUUGUCCCUUUGGAGGCGCCGUUACGGUCCACGCCCCGCUCGCGUCAAGUGACUGAGGCCUGUGGUGGAGAAGGACGUGCCGUGCCGCUGGGUUCUGAGCCGGAGUGGUCGGUGGGUGGGAUGGAGGCGACCUUGGAGCAGCACUUGGAAGACACAAUGAAGAAUCCCUCCAUUGUUGGAGUCCUGUGCACAGAUUCACAAGGACUUAAUCUGGGUUGCCGCGGGACCCUGUCAGAUGAGCAUGCUGGAGUGAUAUCUGUUCUAGCCCAGCAAGCAGCUAAGCUAACCUCUGACCCCACUGAUAUUCCCGUGGUGUGUCUAGAAUCAGAUAAUGGGAACAUUAUGAUCCAGAAACACGAUGGCAUCACAGUGGCAGUGCACAAAAUGGCGUCUUGAUGCUCAUAUCUGUUCUUCAGUAGCCUGUCAUAGGAACUGGAUCCUACCUAUGUUAAUUACCUUAUAGAACUACUAAAGUUCCAGUAGUUAGGCCAUUCAUUUAAUGUGCAUUAGGCACUUUUCUGUUUAUUUAAGAGUCAAUUGCUUUCUAAUGCUCUAUGGACCGACUAUCAAGAUAUUAGUAAGAAAGGAUCAUGUUUUGAAGCAGCAGGUCCAGGUCACUUUGUAUAUAGAAUUUUGCUAUAUUCAAUAAAUCUGUUUGGAGGAAAAUGGA